AUCGGCUCACCCGAUUGGCACGAAGUUUUGCUGUCUAUAGACGCGCUUUGCAGCAUAGUGUGGAUCGGUGGUGUUGUAUAUGAAUGUUUUGACUGCGGAAAUGUUGUUCGUAACAAAAUCUGUGGUGGAAUUUGUUGUUACUUCCGCCCGACAGAAGUUACUCAUUUGCCGCACGACAAAGCUAUUAUCUCGUUCACUGUCUGCUAAAGCAUCUGGGUCAAAUAAAAUAUAUGCUAGUGCUGAAGAAGCUGUGAAGGACAUUCCAGAUGGAGCUAAAAUUUUAGUUGGAGGUUUUGGACUCUGUGGAAUACCGGAAAAUUUAAUAUCUGCAUUACUGGAGACAGGCGUGAAAGAUCUGACUGUUAUAAGCAAUAAUGCUGGAGUAGAUAAUUUUGGCUUGGGACUGCUGUUAAAAGAACAUAGAAUUCGGCGUAUUAUAGCGUCCUAUGUUGGUGAAAAUGCAGAAUUUGAAAGGCAGUAUCUUGCUGGUGAAUUGGAAGUUGAACUUACACCUCAGGGAACUCUUGCAGAACGCAUCAGAGCUGGAGGAGCUGGCAUACCAGCCUUUUACACACCCACUGCUUAUGGGACAUUAGUCCAUGAAGGAGGUGCUCCUAUUAAAUACUCAUCUUCUGGGAAAGUGGAAAUAGCAAGCAAAAAGAGAGCAUCUGCAUCUUUUGAUGGGAAAAAUUAUAUUUUGGAAGAGGCAAUAACUGGUGACUAUGCAAUUGUAAAGGCCUGGAAAGCUGACCCUGUUGGAAAUCUAAUAUUUAGGAAGAGUGCUCGAAACUUUAAUCCAGCUAUGUGUAAAGCUGCUCGCUUGGCCAUUGCUGAAGUUGAAGAGCUAGUGCCACUUGGUGCGAUUCCCCCAGAUGAAGUUCAUCUUCCUGGUAUUUAUGUGGAUCGAGUAAUUGCUGGACAGAAUUAUGAAAAGAGGAUAGAGCAAUUAACCUUACUGAAAAAAUCAAAGAGCUCUUCUGCGGCAAGUUCAAGCCCAGCAGCCGCAAUGCGUGAAAGAAUUAUUAGGCGUGCUGCCCUUGAAUUCAAGGAUGGCAUGUAUGUUAAUCUUGGUAUUGGUAUACCAAUGCUUGCCAGCAACUACAUUCCUGAAGGUAUGUCAGUUUGCAUGCAGAGUGAGAAUGGUAUAUUAGGGCUAGGACCAUUCCCAGCUACUCAGGAAGAGGUUGAUCCAGAUCUGAUUAAUGCUGGCAAACAAACUGUGACAGUUCAACCUGGAGCAUCAUUUUUUAGCAGUGAUGAGAGCUUUGCAAUGAUAAGAGGUGGACACGUUGACCUGACUAUCCUUGGAGCCAUGCAGGUCUCACAGUAUGGUGAUCUUGCUAAUUGGAUGAUACCAGGGAAGCUGGUGAAAGGAAUGGGGGGUGCAAUGGACUUGGUAGCUGCCCCUGGAACAAAAGUGGUUGUGACUAUGGAGCAUACUGCAAAAGGAGGUGCACACAAGAUUCUGUCACAGUGUACAUUACCACUGACAGGGAAAUGCUGUGUAGACAUGAUAAUAACGGAAAAGGGUGUUUUUGAGGUUGAUGCAGAAGAUGGUUUGACACUGGUUGAAAUUGCAGAAGAUACAACUGUGCCAGACAUAAUACAGGCCACAGGAUGCAAUUUUGAAGUAUCAUCAGAUCUGAAACCAAUGGGCAGAGUGAAAGUAAAUGUUGAAGAUGAAUGACACCUCUUAUCACAAGCCUCACGUAAAAACAGAUUCUGCUAAAUCGUUACUCAACAAAUGGCAGAUUCCUGUCUUACGUGGUCAUGAUGAAGAGAAUAAGAUGGUGAUGAUGAUGAUGAUGAUGAGAAUAAAAUGGUGAUUAUAAUUAUAAUGAUGAUGAAGAAAAUAGGAUGGUGAUAAUGACUGUAAAAUUGUGUUUGUAUGCAACACAAAACAACCUGGUAAUUGAGUGAAUGUUGAGAAAAAUUUCAGUAUUGGAAAUGGCUUAACAUUUAUAAAACCAGGACUGAGUGAGUGGGUGUAGUUACUUUUGUCAUUUCAUUGGAGAAUUGAACUAGUUCUUUGUCUUAAGACUAAGCAAUUUAUAAUAAAUGUUCCAAGUUGAAACUUGGUUUUAUUGUUAUAUAAAAGAUGCAACUACCACAGCAAUUUGUGGAUUAAAUUGUUCUGCAUUGUGGCAUUGGUCACUGAAGUCAGUCAUGCUCACAUUAACACAUGUGUUACAGUUUUCCUUUUUGUAACAUUAUCACACUGUUUAGAUCAUUUUGACAUUUUAAUACUGUCAUUUGUCAUUUAAAUCUCAUGAUGGGACAUGAUAUUUUGUUUUAGCCUGAUAAAUUUCAUUUUUGACACUACAGUAUGCAUAUUAAUAAAACAAUGACAUUUUACGUGAAUAAAAUAAUCUACUUUACCAUAACUGUGAAUUGCUGCUUAAUUUCCAUUUUGUAAGAUUUUUAAGAAAUGAACUAUAUUGUAAGACUGAGAGAAACUAUAAAGAAAUUUAACUUUUGUUAUGCCUCGUUUGUAUAUAAAAGCAAGGUGUUGCUUCAGAUUAUGAAAAAUAUUGUUACAAAAAUCUGUAUUUUUUUAUAAUAAAGUUGACUGAAGAAUUUUA